CAAAAUAACAAAACUUUUCUCUCUUCGCAUUCCUUACACUACUCCCCUCUCUCUCUUCUAGCUAAAACAAAAAUGUCCAGUUAUUAUUUUCUUUUCCUUCUCUCUCUCUUCUUCUUCUUCUCUUUCACUUCUUCCCAAAACUAUCCUCCCUCCCCUGGCUAUUUUCCAAGCAACCAAGUUCAAUCCAUUGGCUUUUAUCAGCUUUUUCGAAAUCGAUGGGGCUCUCAACACCAAAAAGUUGACCAAAAAACCUUAACGAUCUGGCUCGACAGUUCAUCAGGCAGUGGAUUCAAGUCCCUCCAUCGAUAUCGAUCAGGCUACUUUGGAGUUGCCAUUAAGCUUCAUCCUGGCUACACUGCUGGAGUUAUCACUUCUUUUUAUCUUUCAAACAAUGAAGAUUACCCGGGAAACCAUGAUGAGAUUGACAUCGAGUUUCUCGGAACGACGUGGGAUAAACCAUAUGUUCUACAAACAAAUGUGUUUAUGAGAGGGAGUGGAGAUGGAAAUAUCAUAGGGAGGGAAAUGAGGUUCCAUCUUUGGUUUGACCCAACUCAAGAUUUCCACAGUUAUGCCAUUUUAUGGACUCCAGAAGAAAUCAUAUUCUUGGUGGACGACGUUCCAAUCAGGAGGUACGAGAGGAAGAGCGACACGACAUUUCCAGUGAGGCCAAUGUGGGUGUACGGGUCGAUAUGGGAUGCGUCAUCAUGGGCAACGGAGGAUGGAAAAUACAAGGCUGAUUACAAAUACCAACCGUUUAUAGGAAGAUACAAAAACUUUAAGCUAAGCGGGUGUGCAGCAGAGGGGGCAGCAUCAUGUCGUCCACUCAACAGCGGACCCGGUGGGGGUGGCCGCGGCAGGAUGAGCCAACAGCAAGAGAAGGCGAUGGAGUGGGUGCAAAACAAUUACUUGGUCUACAAUUAUUGCCAUGAUCCAAGAAGAGAUCACACUCUAACUCCUGAGUGUUAAAAUAUCCAAAAGUAAGUUUACACAUUUUUUUUUUCCUUUUGGCAUUGAAAAGUUGAAUAUAAUACUUGGGUGUUUGUUGUUAGGAUUGAAGUGAUGAUCAAUGAUUAAGAAAAUUAUGUUUUCUUUCAGUUUUUUAUAAAGAAAAAAGAAAAGGAAUUGGGGAAAUUUGAGAGAGGUCAGGAAAAAAAAGUUGUGUUAGGCCCUCCAAGUCUUUACAAGGAUUGUAUUUGUAUUGGUCCAUUUACCUUUUCUUUUGUUUUCUUUUCUUUACUAUCAAUGGAAUAAUAAAUGAAAUCAUCUCUUUGGGUCC